CACCCAGCAACAACAGUAGCUGAGUAAGGAAGAUGGCGUCUAGGGUGGUCAAGAGUGGUGCAAGGCAGGUCAAACCUCUGCUGUCUGUGGACCAGAGUGAGGCUAGAAAGAGGGUACUGAACCUCUACAAGGCUUGGUACCGCCAGGUACCAUAUAUUGUUAUGGACUAUGACAUCCCAAAGACUACAGAACAGUGUCGUCAGAAGCUAAGAGAGGAAUUUGAAAAGAAUCGUCAUGUCCAAGAUAUCCGUGUUAUUGAUAUGCUUGUCAUAAAGGGCCAAAUGGAACUGAAGGAAACAGUGGAGGUAUGGAAGCAGAAGCACGGUCUGAUGUCUUACUGGCGGGAUAGUGUUGAACCUCGGCCCAAAGACUUCCUCAGCAAGUUCCUAGAUGGUCAUGAGUGAUACCUUCAUUAAUUUGUUAACCUCGUGUCCUGUCCUCACUUGCUGGCUGUGUUUAUCCAGCUAAUAAGUAAUUGAAAUAUUGGCACAAUUUCAGUAAAUCUAGUUAAAUUCAAUAUGAAUAUAAUUUGUAAAUUAUUAAAUUAUGGGUAUUCUUUAUAAAUUAAUAAUAAAUUAAUGUAACUUGAUGUAUUUAUGUAAAUAUUUUUAUUAAAUAUUGAAAACUUU